UUAUAUACAUGUAUAUCGUAUCGAACACCAUGGCACAAGUGGCAGAUGAAUGUACAGUGGGGAUAAAGAAGUGCGUUUUAGGUGAUUCAACCAUCGAAUUAGAAAUUUUGACUAUUACUAAAAUGUACAGUGUAUAUAAUCUGUUUUUUUAAGAGGAUAAAAAUACUUGCAGUUAUUCAACAUUAUUUCUCGUGUUUAUAAUUUGUUAAAUAAAUGAAAAUUCUUCACAAAAAAGAAUAAGAAAAAAAAAAUUUGAUUUAAUAUUAUUAAAAAUUAGUGUCAUUGAAAAAAGUAUUUAAAUUUAUGUUGAAAAACCAAAAAAGCUAACAAUAUUAAGUGAAAAUUGUGUCACAGUUAUUCAAGGUUAUCUUUAUCAGUCAUAGUCAUCAAUUCAUCAGUGAUCAUGUUAUCACCAUAUAUAACAGCUAUUCAAAAAGUGAAAGGACGAACAUCGGGAGAAAAAUUUCAAACGUUACAUCAAAUUGCAAAAAACAUUAUUGAGAAUGGUAAAUGGGUCAACGGCAUGUAUGAAGUUGAACCAUCUGAAGAACUUCCAGAGCCUCUGAUACCUCUGGUAAAGGUUGAAAUCGCACUGCUUAUACAACAACCUACAGGAAUUAUUGAUGCUCUAAAGUCAGAGGAUGAAACCGUUUUUAAUCGUGCUUUGAAAGCAAAAUGGUUUUUCGAUGGCAGUGUUAAAAAUUAUCCUGAUCCUGUACAUUUUCGAGACGAGAUUUGUCCUGUUAUAUCUGUUCAACAUAGACUGAAAAUCAUCAAAGUCUUGGCUAAUAAUCUAGGAGUUAAAAAACUAACAUCAACUGCUGAAGAAUUUUAUAAUAUAAUAAGUAAAUCAUAUGGAAAUUUUCAAGCUCGACGUCUUUUAAAAAUUUGCAGCGAACCUUUUAUAACGAAUGUUAUCAAAAAUCAACAAAUCACACUUUCUUUGGGUGAAGUUAAUUAUUUAUUUUCAAGAUAUCCGAACAUGAUUAUAGAAUAUCUAAAGAUUAAAAAAAAUAAAAACCCACUUCUUUAUCCAUGUGGAACAUUUGUAGAGGAUUACAUAAAAUUUUUACCAAGAUUAUUGAAAAAACAUUCUCAUGAAUUCGUUGAAAUAAUUCGAAUACAUGGUUACCUAAGCCUACCAUUAAAAUCUCAUCAUCACAUUGAACUCUUCUUGAAGAAAGAAUUGGAUGCCCUCAUCAAAGAUCCUAGGUUAUUUCUACCUAUGUUACCAACGAAGGAAGUAAUUAAGAGAUUAACUCCACAACAAAUUGCGGAGGUGGCGAAAGUAUUUUUUCCAAAAGCAAUAGAAAAUUUUAAUUUUGAUGUAUUAUAUAAAGAGAUUUUGAUGUAUGUUCCUCAAGAUCAACAAAUGCCUAUCAUAAUGUCAUGCUUUGAAGAUGUAUAUAAAAAAAGUUUAUUAAACUGCCCUAAUCAAAUUUCAGCACAGGCAAUGAGACUACUACCAACUGAAGAAAGAAUCAAGCAAGCAAGAAAAAAAAUAGAAAUUGAUAAUCAGUGGUAUAUUUUCAGCUCUGGGUGGUAUACAACGCGUUCCUGGAGAUGUUAUUUACCCAUUGAAGAAUCUAUUCCUCUUAUAAAAGAAAAAAUUAAAGAGGUUGAGGAUGCAGGAGAGAGAGUAAGCUUACUAACACAAUUAAUUUACACAUGUAGGAUUAAUGAUGAUAAUGAUGCUUUACUUGAUGUAUUGAAAUAUAUCGUUGCUCGUCAUAGAAAUGAAAGAGGAUGGGUAUGGAAAACAAUAUUUGAUCGAUUAGAACUGGACUUUCAAUUGCAAUUAUUACCAUCAGAACAUUGGGAUAUUUUAUAUGAUAUUAUAUUGAAUAAUGUAGAUAACCCAACAAGUGAUUAUGAGACUAUUUUUGAAUUUUGGAACAUGAUUAAAUAUAGAAUACACUUUGAUUUAAUUCAUAAUCAACCUAUCAGUGAUAAAAUAAAAUUAAUGAUUCGUAUUAGCUCAAAAAAUACAGGGUUCGAUAAAUGGAAUCUUAUUGAAGAGGUACCUGAAUAUGAGAAAAAAUGUUUAGAAGAAUUUAUUACAUUAGUACCCAUAGAAUUAUCUGAAGAAAAACAGAAUCAUUCGUACAUAUGGAAGACUGUAACUUUGGAGUUGGUAAGAGCAAUUUAUAAUUUUAAUGAACGUCAUUGUAAAAAAACUGAGGAUCAAUCUCAAAAAUUGCGGGUGAAAAAUUAUCCCUCGUUAGUUGAUGCUAUUAAAAAUAUAUUUAAUGAAUUAAAUCAACCAAGUAAUGAGUACUAUAUCGAAGAAUUAAAAUUAGUAUUAGAACCAAAUGAACCAGAAAUACUGAGUGAAAUACAACCUGUUCCAAGUAAAAAAGUAUCUGUAAUAAAUUUAGAAAAAGCUGUGGCUAUUUUACAUCGUCAACCUGAAAGAAUUCUUAAAAAUUGGGAAAAGUAUUACAGAAAAUGUAAAAAAUUGUGCUAUCAAAAUUACACCAUACGGUUUUUACGAGCUUGUCGAUGGUACCAGGACAUACCAGUCAAAUUUAUAGAACAGGCUAUUGAAGAAUUUCAUAAUGAAAAGGCUGAGGAAGCAUUGAUGAUUGCAGCAGCUAUUUUAGAUGGACCAUCAUUCGAACAGUUCAUUACUCCCUAUUUGCCAGUGAUUGAUCCAAAUAAUCAAACGUUCCUCGACAAAGAAGAUCCUGUAUUAUCGACAAUUCAAGAAUGCUUAAAGCAUCUUAAUCCACCAAUAUCAUUGGAUUUUGUUUUAAAAUUCUGUAAACCUGAUUACAUUCAUUGUAUUCUUGAAUAUGUAUUAUGUUUGAGAGGAUGUGCACCAGUUCAUAAACUUCUACCAUUUUGUGACAAAUUGACGAACCAAGCUGUAUCAGUACGAAAACAUAUUACAAGACUUCUACGAAUAACUGCGAGUGAUGAGCAAUUAUGCACUCGUCUCAUAUCACUUUGGAGAAGAGAGACACAUAAAUCUGUUCGUCUAAUUAUCGCACUUCAUAUCUUCAAUUGUUUUAUAGAAUAUCCGAGUCCAAAGUCGUGGAAAAAUAUGAGUGAGUGUUUUGAUGAUUUGAAAGCUGUUGAAAGAAAUAUUUUAGAAGUUCUUCUAAGAAAAAUUACAAAAGUUUCUAACGGGUACAUAAUGGAUUACAUUAAAAAAUUAUUAUAUACUUUUGAACGAAUUGGAGAUCAUGAAAAAAGUAUGUACCCAUAUGGUGUUGGGCAUUAUAUAUUGAAUCUAUUUCGCAUAAUAAUGAAUAAUAUAGCAUAUUCAUUUCCUGAAGAACUUCAUAGAGAAUUAUUAGAGAAAUAUCUGGUAAAUACAACAUUUCCUAAAGAAAUUUUGACAGUUGCACGAAAUUAUCUUAUUGUAGUUUACAUUGAAUCAGCUGGAGAUAAAUUAGAUGAUAGAUUAGAAUUUUUCUCAGAUAUAUUUACUCGUAUUGUUAAGGAUAAAUGGGAUGUACCUGCUAAUGAAAUCGUAAGUUUUUGCCCUGCAAACUAUUUUGUACAUCAAUUAACUCAAGACAUAGUAUAUCAAAUGAAGUACAGCUCAACGAAGAGUAAACUUAUUGAUACUGCACUCAAAACUUUUCUCACUUUACUACAACCCCAGCAAGAACCAGAAUUCUACUGUACCUUCAGUUUUGCUGCAUUAUAUAGUGAUAAAAUGCCAUGGGAAGAAUUUACUUCGAAAAUUCAUCAACUUCUGCCAUCAAUGGUGAAAAUUUUCUCAACAGAAUUCAUAUAUUGUAUUGCACGCUUUUUACAUAAAAUAAUAAAACAAUUUUAUGAUGAAGAAAUACAAUUAGAUAUUGUUGAACAAUUGGUGAAUUUUAAUGAUAAUAAUGCUAAUAGUUUAGCAGCUGCUUUAUUGUUGAUGAAAUGUCAUCCUAAUAAUGAUGAACGUUUCUGGAGAAUUUUUAGGGCUUUGCGAAAACAUAGAAAUCCUUUGAUGACUUCUAGUGCAUAUUUGGCUGUUCAUUCCAUCGUGGAUUAUGCAUCAUAAAUAUUUUUUGAGUAUUUUUUUCUGAGUGUAAUUAGUAUUAAUCAAUUAUAUCUCUUUCUGAACACAUUUGUUUUCUAUAAAAACAAUUAAUGAGAUUAAAUAUAUUAAAUGUAUUUAUAUUAAAACUAUUUAAUACAAUAUAUAUUUU